AUGUCUUGGUGGGGUCAAAGUCCUUUCGAUGAGAUAGUUGAAAAAGCUACCUCGGAGCUGUUACCUGGAGGUCAAGAAGACCUUGCGUUAAAUUUGGAAAUUAGCGAUCAAAUUCGUAGUAAAAAAGUGAAUGCUAAAGAUGCCAUGCGUUCUAUAAAGAAACGCAUUCAACACAAAAAUCCCAACGUACAGCUGGCUGCUUUAUCGCUUGUUGACACUUGCGUAAAAAAUAGUGGCGAACUUUUUGUAAAGGAAAUUGCAUCAAGAGAGUUUAUGGACACUAUGGUUUCAAUUCUUAAGGCACCGACUGGCUGCAAUAUGGACGUGAGGAAUAAAUUGCUAACUAUCAUUCAAACAUGGGGACUGGCUUCGAAGAAUAAACCAAUUUUGAGCUAUAUGUAUGAUACAUAUGCCCUUUUAAAAGCUGAAGGAUUGCCAUUUCCUCAAAUGAAUGAUAAUAUUGACGGUAUAUUAUUGGAGACGGCAGUGGCUCCUGAAUGGUCUGAUUCAGAUGUGUGUGAAAGAUGUCGUACAGCUUUCACUUUGACCAACAGAAAGCAUCAUUGUCGUAAUUGUGGCGGUACUUUUUGUCAACCUUGUUCUGCUAAGACCAUGUCCUUACCUCAUCUCGGAAUUAAUGAACAUGUACGUGUUUGUGAUGGUUGCUAUAUCAAACUAAAGUUGGAUAGAGCUACUACGGCCAAUCAGGCCUACCAAAAUCAGCGUUCAACUUCCCUUACGACAAAUGCUUCAACAAAAGCCAUCAAGUCCUCCGCUCCAAGGUCAGCGCAGCCAUCAUCAGAUCAGUUUGACGAUGAUAUAAAGAAAGCAAUUGAGUUGUCUUUGCAAGAAGCGGAACAGCAGAAGAAUAAAUAUAGCUCCGGAUAUACCCCUUCCUCUACCUCCUACAACCAACAGCAACCGCAGCAACAGAUAACAAAUGGCGUAAGUGCAGUCGAGGAAGAUCCUGAUUUAGCAGCAGCCAUUGCUGCUUCCUUAAGGGAUAUGGAAAUAAGUCAACAACGCACCUCGAACUCUCAAGAAGAAAACUAUCGACAACAACAACAGACACCAGCUAUCAAUGCUAAUGAUUUGACAUCUGUUGAGAUGGAGAAUAUCUUACUCUUCUCUACAUUGAUGGAAAGGGUUUAUGCAACAGGUGGAGAUGUUUCAAAUGACAAUCAGAUCAAUCAAUUAUACACUCAAAUUGGCGCUUUGCAGCCCAAAUUAGUAAAGAGCUUGAAUGAAACAAUUCGAAAAAAGAAUGCUUUUAUCGAAUUACAUGAGAAAUUGACUAUGGUUGUGAAAGCUUAUGAUAAACUAUUGGAAGAAAGAAUCGCAGGCACAUAUCAGCAAACAGCUGGACAUAAUACUACAUCCUCUCCCCUAUACCAACAAUACCAAUAUCAACCUGCUGCUGCAGUCACUACUCCUUCAACGUAUAAUUACAAUAACACAAUGAAUGCUAAUUAUAGCAAUCAGACCGUCACACCCACUAUGGCAGCAACCUCCGUUCCUCCCUCUUCUGCUGUUUAUUAUGGCACUUCAGCUUCCAAUGCUGCUACUGCUACAGUUGAUCAUCAAUACCAACAGUAUCAGCCUAUGCCUUCUACUACUGAAUCUGUGCCACCACAUGCUUCAGCGCUUCAACAGCAACAGAAGCAACCACCUGUUGAUGAAGCUCCUCUAAUCGAUUUAUAA